AUGGACAAGGAGAAAGAGGGAGAAGAAGGUGUGGCAGCCAUGGCAGUUCUCUACCAAGGGUUUGAUCCCGCUGCGUAUCUUCAGUAUAACUACACGUCACCUCGGGCAGACUUUGAGCGACCAGACAGCAUCGUUCCAUGGAAACUAGGGUGUCUACACAGAGCUUUCACUGAAGGUGAUGUGAGUGGUGAGGUGUUGCUGGACGUAGGUUCAGGCCCCACCAUCUACCAGGUGCUGAGUGGCUGUGAAGUGUUCAGCAAGGUCCUCCUCACAGACUUCCUGGAGGUGAACAGACAGGAGCUACGACGCUGGCUGCACAACGAAGAAGGCUUCAGCCUGGACUGGACCCCCUACCUGCAGCACGUCUGCAAGUUGGAGGGUCGGAGCCCCUCGGCAUGGAUGGAGAAGGCUGCCCGUCUGCGCACCGUUGUCUCAGACGUCCUUCACAUCGACGUGCACCGGCCCUGGCCCCUCUCCCUGGACGCCCUCCCCGCCUUGCCCCCCUCCGGGGCCGACUGCCUGGUGUCCUGCUUCUGCCUGGAGAGUGUCAGCCCCAACCUGGCUUUCUUCACCCAGGCCCUGGGCCACAUCGGGGGGCUGCUCCGACCCGGAGGCCACCUCCUCCUGAUCGGGGCCCUGGGGGAGAGCUAUUACCUGGGGGGACCAGGGGUGAGGAUCCCUGUGGUGCCCCUGGAUGAAGCCCAGGUGUGUGCCAGCCUCACAGCCAGUGGGUACACCUUGGUGAGGCUGGAGGUGUACACGCUGCCUCCAGAUAUGAGGGUCGGGGUGGAUGAUGUAUCAGGUGUGUUCUUUGCAAAGGCGAGGAAGGAAUAA